AGCGGGGGGCUCGGCUGUGCACGCGCGCUUUUGGGGUCACCGGGGGAAUGCGGCCAACCCCGCCCCCCAAUAACGGUGAGACCCUUUUUUGGGGGAUCCCAUCCCCGCAGCCCCGUGCCCGGAGCCCCCCCGGCUGCUCCAGCGCCGCCUCCGCGCGGUGACGAUCCCGAUCCCACGUUCCCGGAAGAUCCCAAGGAUCCCAAGGAUCCCAAAGAUCCCGAUCCCAAUCCCGCGAUGCCGGCGGGCGGCGGCGCCUCCUCCGCGCCCCCCCAAAACCGGGGUCCCCGGCCCCCCUCGACCCCCCUGGACCCCCUCGGACGCUUUGUGUUGUUCUUGGAAAGUUUCGCACCACUUGUGAAUUCCCUGAACCUUGGCCUUGCCAGCCCCCUUGUGUUGGGCCCUCCUCCUUUUCAGCUUGCCCAAAUUAAGACCCACUUGGCUCUCCAGCACUUGGCUGCCAGCGGCGGGCGGGCACCUCCCCACGCUGGCGCCCGCCAGGCAUUGCUGAAAGACGCAAUGUUUAGCCCCAGAGGAACCUUGCCCCCGAGGCCCAGAGGACCCAACCCUUCGGGCAGCAAACCCCCGGGAGGUUUUGGGGCCGGAGGCGCGGCGGGGCCGCCCAGGAAAGCCGCACCCGCGACGCCCCAAGGAGCGCCCCAGAGAUUCUCGGGGCAGGAUGCGCUGCAGUGGACGGGUUCGCAGAGGAUCAACGUCCGCGUCACGCUGCACAGGGCCGAUCCCAGGAAAGUCAAGGAGAAGACCGGCCUGCACCAGGAGCAGAAGGGAGACCCACGCACCAGUCGCUGGGAUGGCGGCCCCGGCACCGCCGGGCCAAAGCCGCCCGGCCCGGCGCCGGUCUUGGAGCAGAACUCCAACCCCCAGAACCGCUACACGCCUGAAAGCGCCUCCAGCAUUUUAGCGAGCUUCGGGCUGUCCAACGAAGACCUGGAGGAGCUGAGCCGCUACCCCGAUGACCAGCUGACGCCCGAGAACAUGCCGCGGAUCCUGCGGGAGAUCCGCAUCCGGAAGAUGGGCCACGCCGUGUCCGGGCUGCACGCUCCGAGCCGGGGGGAGGAGCCGGUGGGCGAGAGCAGCGGCGCCACCGUCAAGAGCAAAGUGAUCGACUACGGCCACGCCAGCAAGUACGGCUACACCGAGGACCCGCUGGAGAUCCGCACCUACAACCCCGAGGCGCUGCCCGAGGAACCGCUGGAAGCGCGCGUCUACAAUCCCGAAAGCUCGAGCACGGAGAUCCGGGAAGAAUUCCAGCGGGAGCAGAGCGUGCCGGUGGCCGUCCCACCGCCCAGCGUGUCGUGCAACCCCGUGUUCCCGGCCGAAGACCUCAUCAAGCUGCCGGCUUUCCCCACUGACUCCUCUCCCACUCCAUCGUUUUUCCCGGCCGAGCCGCCGGCCAAGGUGCCGGUGCUGUGCAGCAGUGCGCCCGCCGCGCUGCCGGUGGUGAAGCCGGUGUCCCAGCCGCCCAUGCCGCCGGUGCUGCCGCCCAUACUGCCGGCGCUGCUGCCCACGCCGCUGCCGCAGCCCAUGCUGCCCCCGGUGAUGCCGCCGCUGGUCCAGCCGCCCGUGUCCCAGCACGUGUUGCCGCCCUUGACGCCGCCGCCCUUCUCGGCCGGGCUCCUGGCCGCCAUCAGCCAACACGAGCAGAAGCAGCGCGACGCUGGCAGCGCCCAUCCCGGGCCCAGCACUGCCGGCGGGACCUCGGCGGGACACAAACCCUACCACAAACCCUUCCACCCACCAGCACAGGAGCCCAUCAAAUCCCCGUUCGGGGUGGUGAAGGCGUCCUGGCUGCCCGUGUUCCCGGACCAGAAGAGCAAACGCCUGCCCACCCCGUCCAUGAUGAACGACUACUAUGCCACGUCGCCGCGAAUAUUCCCACAUUUGUGUUCUCUGUGUAACCUUGAAUGCACUCAUAUGAAGGAUUGGAUCCUGCACCAGAACAACCCCGCCCACCUCGAGAGCUGCCGCAGGCUGCGCCAACAAUAUCCCGAGUGGAAUCCUGAGGCUCACUCCUCCAGCAGUUCUUUCUCACUUCUUCCUUUCCCCAUAAAUCCCACAUCUCCCUUUUCCCAAACUCGGCCCCGCUCCCGAUCCCGCUCCCGCUCCCCGCAGCGGCCCCGCGCCUUCCCGAGGGGCAGCCCCCGGCCGCGGAGAUCGCCCAGCGCCGAGCGCGCCCGCCGCUCCAGCCGCUCCGAAGCCAGGAAAGCCGCUCUGGAGGCCGUGAUGAAAACGCUGGGGCCGGGAUUCCUGGCCGAAUUCCAGAAGCACAAAUCCCUGCAGGCGGCGGUUCAGGAGUCCCUGAGCUCCGGGAAACCCCACGGAAUUCCCAAGAAAACCUCCAGGAGCAUCCCGAAAAAUCCCCGGAAAGAGGGAGGGGCGGGACCCAGCUCUGCCCCGGAAGGCCAAGGGGCGACCCUGAAAAAAGAGAGGGAAGAGGAGGAGGAAUCGUCCGGGAAGAGUCAGCCCUACAACAGGCUGCUGAGGGAGGAGCUGCUGAGCUGUGGGACCGUGCUGCAGAUCUCGGAGCUGCCGGAUUCGGGAUUUUCCGACCAGGACAUCAAGAAGCUGGUGCAGCCCUUCGGGAAGGUCAGCGACCUCAUCGUGCUGCGCUCCCGCAACGAGGCCUACCUGGAGAUGAACUACAAGGAGGCCGUGAUCGCCGCCGUCAAGUUCGGGGAGACGGCGCCGGUGCUGCUCAACGGGAAACGCGUCCGGAUCAGCGUGGCCGAGAGGGCCCAGGCAAAAAAACCGGUGAAAAAACGAGUCCUGAACCCCAAAAAAACUCCAACAACCACCAAGAAAGUUCCAAGCACCAACACCAAGAGCCCCAAAGUCCUGACAGGGAAAAAGGAAAAAGUGAAGAAAACGCUGGGAGAGAAGAAAGUGAAGAAAGCCCCAGAUGGGGAAGGAAAAGCAACGGGUGAAGAUUCCGGGACUCCGGCCGAGGCCGGGCUGGAAAUUCCGGGAUCGGAGCCCUCGGAUGCCAACAAUCCCCAUCCCAACAAUCCCCAUCCCAACAAUCCCCAUCCCAAAUCCUCCCCGGAGCAGGAUGGGCUGGAGGACCUCGGGACAACCCUGGAGGCAGGGCCAGAGCCUGCGGUGAGCGAGGAACCCGCGGAUCCAGGCGGGAAGGUCAGCGGGGUUCGGGAAUUUGGGGAUUUUGGGAUUGGGGGAAUUUUGGGGAUUUGGGAACUGUGAGGAUUGUGGGGAUUUGGGAGAAUGAGGGAAAUGUGGAGAUUGAGGGAAUUGUGGGGACUUGGGAAUUUUGAGAAUUGUGGGAACACUGGGAAUUUCCCUGCUUUCCCAAUGAUUCCCAGCAAUCCCAAUCUCCAGCCCCUUCGGCUCCAUCCCAUCCCACCCCACAAUUCCCACGGGAAACUCCCCAAUCCCAAACCCCAUAAAUUCCCUUUGGGAUGGGAAUGGUGAACUCUGGGAUUGGGAUCAGGAUUGAAAUUCCUUUUGAGAUGGGAAUGGGAGCUCUGGGAUUGGGAUUCCCUUUGGGAUGGGAAUGGCGAGCUGUGGGAUCGGGAUUGGGAUUGGGAUUCCCUUUGGGAUGGGAACAGCAAGUGCUCGGCUCUGAGAUUGGGAUUGGAAUUCCUUUUG